AUGGAAAAGUUUCAAGUUCUGCUGAAUUGCGUUGAUCAUUACCAGGCAAUCCAGACAAGUUUUGACCCUCAACUUCCUGUAAAUGCUGGCCCAGCCCCGAAAAGUGUACGCCCGAAGGUCCCCGUCAUCCGAGUUUUCGGAGCGACGGAGACGGGGCAAAAGGUCUGCGCUCACAUACAUGGCGCAUUCCCAUACCUCUAUAUCGAGUAUCAGGGGAGCUUGAAUCCAAAAGAAGUAAAUACUGCCAUUCGCACGCUUCACUUGUCGAUCGAUCAUGCUCUGGCCGUAAGCUAUCGCCGAAAUGCGUAUGAAAAGAAAACGGCGUAUGUCGCCCACAUCACCCUCGUAAAGGGCGUUCCUUUCUACGGGUAUCAUGUCGGGUACAGGUUCUUCUUUAAGAUAUACCUAUUCAACCCUAUGCAUAUGACGCGUCUAGCCGACCUAUUGAGACAGGGAGCAGUGAUGAAACGCGUUCUUCAGCCCUACGAGAGCCAUCUGCAGUAUUUGUCGCAGUGGAUGUGCGAUUACAAUCUGUACGGCUGUGCAUACCUUAAGAGCAGCAAGGUGACGUUCCGAGCGCCAAUACCCACUUAUCUUGAAAACUCGACACAUAUUUGGCAUGACCGCUCCAUCCCAGAGAGUGCUGUUUUCGACAGUUUUACUUUGCCUCGACAAAGCCAUUGCGAUUUAGAAGUUGAUAUUCACGUUCAGGAUAUUAUCAAUCGUGCUGAGGUUAAGGAGCGUCCGAUACACCAAGAUUUUAUGGAAAUGCUUCAGCCUUCAAUUCCGGGCAAAAAGCUUGUGCCCAGCUUGGCUGGGUUAUGGGAAGAAGAAUCUCGACGAAGGAGGGGCAAGCUUAAUCCCUCCGAUACGGAUAGUAGCUCGCCUUUCCGCCCUGAAGAGUUGGUUUCAAUGUCUGCGGAUCCUAGAAAUACGGGUCCUGGCGGUUGGAUUCAUGAGGAGGAGUAUAGAACGAAAAUAGAAGCUGUUACGGAUGAGGAGCAUCUUGGGCGAAAACCCACUUUCGCAGAUUUUGUUGCAACGACGCCUUUCGAGGCUACUAUUCGGUCAUCUUUGAGUAGCGUUGAAGACCUGUUUCCUGAGAACAUACAGGCUGUGCAACCCGAGAAUUUAGGAAUGGAUGAUACAACAGCAGAGGAAUCUAGGAUACAUAUCGAGGUAGACGAGAGCUGUAUACUUCCUCCCAGACAGGAGGAGGUGUUUUCUUAUGAUUCGGAUGAUGAUGGUUUGAAUGGCUCAUUUCUGCAUGAGCAGGAAGUUGAGAUUGCAGGCGAUUUGGAGCCCAACCCCCCUGAGGGACCUGCGAGCUCGUUGGACUUUAACGACCAGGAAGUUUCGAACGCAGCCACCGAAGCGGUGGUUGAAGAGCAGGCAGACCUUCUAGAGCUGAAACGUUUCGGGGUUCGCCCAUAUACCGAAUUGAUUAACAGCCAAGAAGAUGUUUUCGAGAUCGACGAAUCGUUUAUUAGCGACAUAACUUCUCACCCGAAUGUUUCGAAACGCGCAAAUCCAUCUGUGCCCGAGAGGGAUAGGGAGAACAAACGGUUUAAACCGGACAACGAUAGCAAGUUUCCAGCUGUCACGACCAGGGCUUCCCAUGACAGAUUGAAGAGCGCCGCGGCCAAUACCCUCUCAGCCGAUGGAUCUACAGAUUUAGAAUCCAUAGCCGUUAAUCACCCACUUUCAUCACAGCUCAAGCAAUCCCAGAAGCGUACUAGCAGCUAUAACGGAAAUAAGCGAAUAUCCUUCCAUGUGGUUAAAGACGCGCAUGAUCCCGCAACCAUUUCAAGACUGAGUCAACAGGAUAAUUUGUCGCAGAAAUCCCAACCGCAGGGUCCAAAACAAGGCCGUAGCCAGCCAGUCUCCGUCCCGGAUCCAGAGACUCCCAGCCACAAUUCUGAAACCUCUUCUGAAUUAAAUCAUACGGGGACGUCUUCAUCAUCCAUUUUGGAGCCUCAACCAUGUCUCUACGAAUCAUUCAACAUACCACAAGAGAGUAAAAUCUUUAGUUUCAUUCCACGCUGUCCCCCGCUCUCUGAAGUUCUGUCGACAAUGCACGACGAUGGCCGUCCUUCAAUUAUUUACCAAGGACCUCACUAUGGCAACUCGGACGAUGUCCCUCAUCGUGCACGCGAAUACGCUGGAAGAGAAUUUAAGCUAGAAAGUGUUACGGUGCCUUAUCUGCCCCCGUUCGAUGCGACUGGGUACUCUCCUGCGUUGUUCGGAGACAAGCCACCUGUAAUCAUUAAUGGAGACGCCCUUGAAAAGGAUAACAACAAGCUCCGAAAAUCUUGCUCACUGCGGACCUGGGAAUUUGCACCAACUGCCCCAAGCCGUAGUGAAGUUAUUGAAUGGCUUGAGGAAGAAACUCGGAAAUUCAAGGAUGCUAACGAGAGCAAUGCCCCUUCACAGAAGCCCACAACUUCUGCUCUUUCUCAGAUUGAAGGCCCAACUCAAAAGAAUCGCCAUGGCUUCAAGUAUUCUCAGAAAAAGCCGACGAGGAACGUGCGACAAGAGGCUCAAUAUAUGAGUGUGAUGAGUCUGGAGGUUCAUGUGAAUACACGUGGCAUUUUAGUUCCAAAUCCUGAAGAGGAUGAAAUUUCCUGCAUUAUCUGGUGUGUGCAAGAUGGUGAAACUGGCAUAGAUGACGACGAUGAUUCCGGUGGCAUGACUGCGGGGAUUAUUGCUCUCGCUGAAAAUGAAAGCCUCGCAGCUAAGAUAUCUCCUACCAUGGUGUCUGAGUUUGACGAAGAAACUACAGAGCUUGAUCUUCUGACGAAACUGGUUGAUGUCGUAAGGCAGCGUGAUCCCGAUAUUUUGACGGGCUAUGAGGUACAUAAUAGUUCGUGGGGGUACCUCAUUGAAAGGGCGAGAUACAAGUUCGACUAUGACCUUUGUGACGAGUUGUCCAGAGUGAAAACAAGUUCCCAUGGACGGAUUGGCAAGGAAAAUGAUCGCUGGGGGUUCAAUCAUACGUCCUCAAUUCGUGUUACUGGCCGACAUAUGAUCAACAUAUGGAGAGCAAUGCGAGGGGAACUAAACUUGUUACAAUAUACUAUGGAGAACGUAGUCUUCCAUCUCCUUCACCAACGCAUCCCGCACUACGCCUUCCAAGAUUUAACGAAAUGGUUUACCAGCAAGAAGCCGCGGGAUAUCGCAAAGGUCAUCAAUUACUUCGUCUCACGGGUUCAGCUGAAUUUGAAAAUCAUUGAAGCGAACGAAUUGGUUUCCAGAACUAGUGAGCAGGCUCGAAUAUUGGGCAUCGAUUUCUUUUCUGUUUUCUCCAGAGGAUCGCAAUUCAAAGUCGAGUCACUCAUGUUCCGAAUUGCGAAACCAGAAAAUUUCAUCCUCAUCUCCCCAGGCAGGACGCAGGUUGGCCAGCAAAAUGCACUUGAGUGCUUGCCGCUUGUCAUGGAGCCACAAAGCGAUUUCUACACCAGCCCGCUCUUGGUGCUCGACUUCCAGUCGCUGUAUCCGAGUGUCAUGAUUGCCUAUAAUUACUGCUAUUCGACCUGCCUGGGAAGGGUCGUGAAUUGGCGGGGCCAGAACAAACUAGGAUUUAUUGACUUCAGGAGGCCAGCUGGAAUUCUUGAGUUAUUCAAGGAUCAAGUCAACAUCGCCCCCAACGGGAUCAUAUACGCCAAGCAGGAGAUCCGCAGGUCAUUGUUAGCGAAAAUGUUGAUCGAAAUUCUGGAAACAAGAGUUAUGGUUAAGGGUGGCAUGAAAGCUGAGAAGGACGAUAAGUACUUGCAACGUCUACUCAAUAACCGACAACUAGCGCUGAAGCUAAUCGCCAACGUCACGUACGGAUAUACGUCUGCUUCAUUUUCUGGUCGAAUGCCGUGCGCGGAGAUUGCAGAUAGCAUCGUUCAGACAGCCAGAGAAACGCUAGAAAAAGCUAUUGCGCUGAUCCAUUCUGUCGAACGAUGGGGUGCUGAGGUAGUGUACGGAGAUACCGAUAGCAUUUUUGUUUACCUCAAGGGGCGUACGAGAGAGGAGGCCUUUGAUAUUGGUGAGGAAAUUGCGAGAAAAGUCACAAACUCAAACCCGCGCCCUGUCAAGCUCAAGUUCGAGAAGGUUUACCAUCCGUGUGUCCUAUUAGCGAAGAAGCGGUAUGUUGGGUACAAAUACGAGAGUCGCUCGCAGAAGGAUCCAGAUUUUGAUGCCAAGGGGAUCGAAACUGUCCGCCGCGACGGAACACCCGCAGAGCAGAAAAUCGAAGAGAAAGCGCUGAAGAUACUGUUCGAGACGGCCGAUCUGAGUCGGGUGAAAAGCUAUUUCCAGAAACAAUGCGCUAAAAUCAUGCAGGGCAAAGUCUCCAUUCAGGAUUUUUGCUUUGCAAAAGAAGUUCGACUGGGAACGUACAGCGAGCGGGGCAUGCCACCUCCUGGCGCCCUUAUCAGUGCCAAGCACAUGCUUGAGGACCCAAGGACGGAAGCGCAAUACGGAGAACGGAUUCCUUACGUGGUAAUCUCUGGUGCACCCGGUGCUAGACUCAUUGACCGCUGUGUAUCCCCGGAAGUUCUCCUGCACGAUUCUCAGCUAGAGUUGGAUGCAGAGUACUACAUUUCCAAAAACCUAAUUCCACCACUUGAGCGGAUUUUCAACCUCGUUGGUGCCAACGUUCGACAAUGGUACGACGAGAUGCCCAAGUAUCAGCGUGUGCGGCGUAUUGACGGCGGUGCUUCGAAUGCCUCCGCAAAUAAAGAAGGGUUCUCCUCGAUGAAAAAGACAUUGGAGUCGUAUAUGAAAUUGUCUUCUUGUGUUGUUUGUCGGGACAAACUGGAGGAGGGUGAGGAGCGGAUUUGCGGCGGCUGUUUGCGGGAUGGCCAUAUAUCGCUACUACAACUGAAACAUAGAUUGAUGAGGGAGGAGAGAAAGAAGGUUUAUUUACAUAAAGUAUGCCGUUCGUGCAUGGGCGUUUCGUGGGGGGAAGAUGUUAAGUGUGAUAGUAAGGACUGUCCUGUUUUCUACACGCGGACUAGACAGGAGUCCACGCUCAUGAGUACCCGAGCAGCGGUUGAGCCUGUCAUUAGCAUUCUUGAGGACCAGAGUGAGGAGGGUCCGUUGAGUUGGUGA